CACUGAACCUUUGGAGUUUGAAAUGAUGUGAUCACACACACAGAUGACACGUGACUGUACACACAGUCGGUGCUCAGAAUGACACAGCUCUGAUCGGAGGGAGGUGAUCUCUGAAAUUGCUCAGUGAGCACCCCUAAUUUCCCUGAUUUACAUUUUGCUGUUAAUCACACCCAAUGGAAUCCAAUCAGAAACCAAGUGGUGAUGCACUGGCUGGCAUGCAGAAGGAGGCAGCCCUUCGGGCCCUGAUACAAAGAACUGGAUAUCAGCUGCAGCAGGAGAAUGGUCAGAGGCGGUACGGUGGCCCACCGCCUGGCUGGGAUGGUCCGCACCCUGAGAGGGGCAGUGAGAUCUUUGUGGGAAAACUACCAAGAGACCUGUUUGAAGAUGAACUGGUUCCACUCUGUGAGAAGUUUGGAAAGAUCUACGAGGUCAGAAUGAUGAUGGACUUUAAUGGCAACAACAGAGGAUAUGCCUUUGUUACUUUCAGCAAUAAGCAGGAGGCCAAAACAGCAAUGAAACAACUCAACAACUAUGAAAUCAGGAACGGACGCCUUUUGGGGGUUUGUGCCAGCGUUGAUAACUGUCGUCUGUUUGUGGGUGGAAUUCCCAAGAUCAAGAAGCGCGAUGAAAUCUUGACAGAGAUGAAGAAGGUCACUGACGGGGUUGUGGAUGUCAUCGUAUAUCCCAGUGCAGCAGACAAAUCCAAGAAUCGAGGAUUUGCUUUUGUGGAGUAUGAAAGUCACAGAGCGGCAGCCAUGGCCCGGCGCAAACUGUUGCCAGGUCGUAUCCAGCUGUGGGGUUACCCCAUCGCUGUAGACUGGGCAGAGCCAGAGGUGGAGGUUGAUGAUGAUACCAUGGCAACGGUAAAAAUAUUGUAUGUGAGGAAUCUCAUGCUGCAGACCACAGAGGAAACCAUUGAGAGGGAGUUCAACAGCCUGAAACCAGGAGCUGUGGAACGAGUGAAGAAGAUCAGAGACUACGCUUUCGUCCAUUUCUGUCAAAGAGAGGAUGCCAUCAAUGCUAUGAAUGCGCUAAAUGGGAAGUUGGUGGAGGGUUCUCCCAUCGAGGUGACUCUGGCCAAGCCGGUGGACAAGGACAGUUAUGUUCGAUACACCCGUGGGACGGGAGGAAGAGGAAGCUCUCUGCUCCAGACCGACUACACAGCCUACACACUGGGGCAGGUGUACGACCCAUCAGCUGCAUAUCUCGGCGCACCAGUCUUCUACGCCCCCCAGGCCUACACUGCCUUACCGAAUCAGAUCCGCUUCCCCGCAGCCAAAGCUCCCGUGGGAGGUCGAGGCUUAAUCAGGUCUCCGUCUGUCAGAGAAAUUUACAUGACUGUACCUGUAGGGGCUGCGGGGGUGCGGGGGCUGGGAGGGCGGGGCUACCUGGCUUAUUCUACUGGGGCAGGAGCCUUAGGACGUGGAAGUGGGGGCACCUCAUGUGGCCUGAAAGUCUGCAAGCAGGCAGAGGAGAAGCUGUACGACCUGCUUCCUGGAAUGGAGCUGACCCCCAUGAACCCUGCUGCCAUGAACCUGAAGGCCAAUGCCCUCAAGCCAGCAACACAGGUGCUGGAGGAGCUCUGUCAGAAGAACAACUGGGGUCAACCUGUCUAUCAGCUCCAUUCUGCCAUCAGUCCAGAGCAGAGACAGCUUUUCCUCUACAAGAUCACCAUCCCAGCCCUGGCAUCCCAGUACCCCAACCUACAUCCCUUCACCCCGGCUAAGCUGUGUGCUGCUGUGGAGGAAGCCAAAGUCCACGCGGCGGAGUACACCCUCCAGACGCUUGGCCUGCAGUCAGAUGGCACUGCUGACGCUACUGCUGCCGCCAUGACCUCAGUAGCCUUCCCAGGUAUGUGAAGGAUAUACUCUGGCGAGCCCAGUGUCCUCCGCAGCGGUGGCCUCUCAGCUGAAGGAGGCCGCUUCUCUGGGUCAGGAGCUCACCGCCUACGCUGCUUAUGAGGGCUACCCUGCGUUUGCAGUGGCAGCACGCCACACAGAUGGAUACGGGGUUUUCUAGAAAGAAAGCUGCAUUCACACCAGCACCGCCCCCUCCUUCUGGGGCUGUUUACAGGACAACCGAAGCACUAAAACCCAGCAGCUCAGCCGAUCAGUUUCCUUUGGUGCUGAACCCAUCCACAGGAGCAGUGAACGAACGUGAGUGCGUUGUUAUGCCGCACUCACGUUGUCUGACUCUUCACUCUGGUUUGUCCCAUCUUCUCGCCCGUCUCUGCCCUCUGGACAGUUGCCAGCCGUUGAAUGUCAAACCAACCCAGGUUCAUUCUGAUCUGCUUCAAUUUUCUACAUGGAAUUGUGACGAUAGUGAAAACAUGUUCACGCCAUUUUCUCUGUAUACCAUGGUUUAUGUCGUGGCAAUUGUGUUGUUUAAGUUGUAAUACAUUAUCUAGGACUGUCAUGGUAUUUUAGUAUUAUCUUGACAUUUAAGUGACAUGAAGAAGACCCCCCCCCCCUCCCGUCUUAUGGCUUUUGCUCUGACUUUUCUGUCUCAUAAAACUUUCAGAUUUUUUUUCUGUAAAUCAAACUUGUCACAUUGAUGUUUCACAUGAAAGCUUUUCAAUAAGCUUUUAGUAACCGCCUUAUGGAUGAGCAUCAGUGACACACUAGCAGAAAAGCAGCUUUCACCAUUAACUGGAUUCUCAUCCAAGUUUUUUUCCCAAAGCUUUUAGUGAUUCUGAGAAAAAGUCGCAACAUUCAGUUCAUUAAAAAUUAUUUUUUAGUCUGUCCACCUUAGUGAAACACUCGUUUCCAAACCGCUGUUGAGCCUCUCGUCUGCUGUGUUUUAGUGAAAACGUCCAGAACAAGGCAGACGGGUAUUGCUGAUGUUUUAGGUUAGCAUCCCGGCCCCCCAUGCAGGGAUGAGCUCAUUACAUUCUCCUGAAAAGCUGAUAGGAACUUGUCUAAAUAAAAGUUAUGCUUCAUUUCUGUUUUAGCGUUUAGCAGUUUGACGUUAAUUUUCUCCUCUGCUGCAUCAUUAAACUAGAUGGAGUUGCUCGUGCCAGUAUUUUCAGUCUUCUUCAGACGCUUGCUUCGCUUUAUUAAAAAGAGGAGAAAAUCUGUCUUGGUUUUAAAAAUCCUGCUAAAUACCAUGAUGUUGAAAUGUCUUCAGAAAUGAUGAUGGAAAACUUUCUCGUGUUGUCCGCCUGCUGACGCCAGCAUCAGUCUUACUUUUUUCCUUCAUCUUUUGUCAGCAGGUUUGUGGAGAGUUUGGAAUCCGAGACAUGAUAAAGCAGAGACAGUAUUAAAGUGUGUGGAGCACUUAAAGCUUAUUUUUAUAGCAGAAAAAGCGAAUAUCCAGAAACUCUGUGGAGUGUUUUGCGUUGACUUUAACCAGUGUAAUUAACAGAAAAUGAAACAAAUCUACGAUUGGGUAAAUGUGAGAAGAUAAGUGGAUUUCCUGUGAUUUAAGGAAUCUGCUAUGAGAAUCUGUCAAUUUUGAUGAAAUUUGAUCCUGAUGAAUGAAUAAACUGAUGUCUGAAGAACGA